AUGGAUUUUGUCUUAGAAGUACUCGAUCAUUAUAUCUUCGAUGAUCUUUAUGCUAAAAUACUACCAGCAUCAUUGUCAUCACAAAUAUCUCCAAAUUUGAAAAAUCUAUUAGAUUUAAAUGACGGUUUCAUAUUACAAAAUUCAACUCUGUUUCAAGAAACUUUAAGAUUGAAAAAUUCUGUCAAAGUUAAUAAUGAUGUUUAUGGGUUGAAUCCAUACUUGUUCGAAUGGACCACAUCUACUUUCAAUUCAUUACUACCACGUCACAAUUUGAUUCGAGAAUUUCUUUCAUUAUGGGUUAUCGUCACAAUCUUUGGGUUAUUAUUAUAUUUUUCAAUGGCUUCCAUGAGUUACCUUUUCGUUUUCGAUAAGACAAUCUUCAAUCAUCCAAGAUAUUUGAAAAAUCAAAUGGCUUUGGAAAUUCAAUUAGCUGCUUCUGCUAUCCCAGUAAUGUCACUAUUAACUGUCCCAUGGUUCCUAUUGGAAAUUAAUGGCCAUUCCAAAUUAUAUUUCUCAUUAGAUUUCACAUCAGCAAAGGGAAUCAAGAAAAACUUAAUCGAAAUGGCUUCUUUUAUAUUUUUCACUGAUUGUGGGAUCUAUUUAUGCCAUAGAUGGUUACAUUGGCCACGUAUCUACAAAGCCCUUCAUAAACCUCAUCAUAAAUGGUUAGUUUGCACUCCAUUUGCCUCUCAUUCUUUUCACCCUGUUGAUGGUUAUGCUCAAUCUUUAUCAUACCAUUUAUAUCCAAUAAUAUUACCAUUAAACAAGUUAACUUAUUUACUUCUCUUCACUUUUGUCAAUUUCUGGACUGUGAUGAUUCACGACGGAAAUCAUAUGUCAAAUAAUGCUAUCGUGAAUGGUACAGCUUGUCAUACUGUACAUCAUCUUUAUUUCAAUUAUAACUAUGGUCAAUUCACUACUCUAUGGGAUAGAUUAGGUGGAUCUUAUCGUAAACCAGACGAAAGUUUAUUCGGUGAUAAAAAUAAAGAUAAGAAAACUUGGGAAGCUCAAGAGGAAGAAAUUGAAUCUUACAUUGAAUUAAUGGAAGAUGGUGAUGAUGACAGAGUUUACAACAAAGAGGAAGAAAACAAAAAGUUUAAGUAA